GUUAUAUAUCUCUUUACAUUAUGACAACCAUUAUUACAACAAAUAAUAAUGAAGUAGAAUACAGUCCUUUGCAUCUCUCGACAACCAAUGAAAAGAUACCAAAAUACAUUUCAAUGACAAAUACCAUAGAAUCAAAGCAAGAAAUCAAAAACAGAAGCAGGCCUAUUCAAGAACAAAAUAACUCACUUUUCGAUGUAUUUUUAACAGUGAUAUUGUACAUAUUGCACUUUUUAUAUCUAUUGUAUAUUGGCUAUAUCUCAUUUUCAGUCUAUCUCUAUACUACAUUCUAUCAAUCAAAAGCAGAUAUUCAAGCACGCAUGCAGUUUGAUAAACGACAAUUGACAAAAAUACCAAACCACCUUGCUAUCCAUAUUUCUCGUGAGUUAUUGAGCUCAAGAAGUCUUAAGGACUGGGACACAAUGAUGCUGGACAUUUGUAUGGCUACAUGUUGGGCUUGGGAAUUUGGUAUUCAAGAGGUAUCUGUGUAUGAUGCAUCAGGAGUUUUUAAAUCAAUGGCAGUUGAUCUUUAUAAACAGCAAUCUACUAUGUUACAUGAAUGGAUGACAAACCAAAUGGAAAAGAAUAGACCAGCCAUCAAAUUUUCAGUUUUAUCAGGUGAAAAUGGGAAACCACACAUGGGAUAUGUAGUACAAGAAAUGAUAAAAAACAACAAACAGGCAAUAGACAUUGAAUUAGUAAACACAUAUAUGCAUCUGAAUACUAUUUCUGAUCCUGAUUUGAUGAUUAGCUAUGAUGGUCUUCCACAUAACUACGUUUCAUUGGAUGGUUAUCCUCCUUGGCAUAUUCGAUUAACUGAAAUUAUGAAUUGUUAUAGUGAACACCAGUUGAAUUAUGAUGUAUUUAUCAAGUGUUUAUACAAAUACUCCAAAGUGGAACAACGAUUUGGUAAAUAAAUAUCAUUUAUUUGAGAUACAC